CCAACUUGCUGCAGGAUGAAUUAAAAAAAGAUUCAGUACUCCUGAUGGCUCUUGUAAGAUUACACAAACAUGGCUGCACAUGGAGGCUAAAAUCUUAUUGAACAAAAAAAAAAAAGAAUACAUUGGAAGCAGUCUAGCCAGGAGAAUUACACUGUACACCUCAGGGAACAAAUACUAGAAUUUAGGUUGUAAAUGUCAGUGCUUUAGAUAGUGUCCUACGAUCAUGUGCCCUCCUCUCUAAAAAGCCUACACUCAUCAGUGUAUUGAAUGUGUGCACGUGAUUGGUCACAUGCACUCUCACUACACUUCCUCAUUCAUUACUAUGCCAACAUAAAGUCUCUCUUUAGACCACUUCCUAAUCUGUUGAAAGGGCAUUGAGCUAUUUGAAUCGAAUCCGAGUUAAGGCUUCAAAAUGCGAUUGUGCUCUUUUCUCUGUGUCCUUUUGGUUUGUGGAUGUUUUGGUUCUUGCCAGGACAAGCUGAUUGCGAGCAAGCAGAGCAUUUUAAAUGACAGACCUGUUAUUGGUAUUUUGACUCAGAUUGUUUCAGAUGAAGCCAUGAAACAAUACGGAAGCACAUACAUACCUGCCUCCUACGUCAAGUACAUUGAGUCUGCGGGCAGCCGAGUGAUGCCCAUCAAACUGACGCUUAGCACUGCGGAGUAUGAAAACAUCUUUAGCAGGAUAAAUGGUCUCCUUCUCAUCGGCGGAGCCACCGAUCUUGAGACGUCUGACUUUGCUAGGGUGUCAAAGAUUUUUUAUCGACUUGCUCUGAAGGCCAAUGACGCAGGAGAUCACUUCCCAAUCUGGGGUACAUGCUUGGGAAUGCAGCUGCUCACUGUCCUGGUGUCCGGCCACAACCUGUUGACGACAGCCACAGCUGAGAAUGUGGCCCUGCCUCUCAAUUUAACACAAGCGGCCUUCUCCAGUCGCAUGUUUCAGGGCUUCCCUGAGGAGUUGAUGCAAGCUUUGCAAAGAGAACCUCUCACUGGUCAUUUUCACCACUAUGGACUCAGCCUGAAAGCCUUCAAUCAAAACAAAGAGCUGAUGAACUUCUUUUCGGUGAUCUCUACAAAUGUUGGUGAAAAUGGGGUCCAAUUCAUCUCAACCAUCGAAGGCAAGAGAUAUCCCUUCUAUGGGGUGCAGUGGCAUCCAGAGGUGAACCGUUUUCAGUGGGACAGCAAACUGAGCUUUCCCCACUCUCCUCACGCCAUCCAGCUGUCGUCACUCCUGGCCCAUUUUUUUGUUAAUGAAGGGAGGAAAAGUUUACAUGAGUUUGAUGACCCUAAAGAGGAGGCCUUGAAGCUGAUUUACAGCUACACACCCGUCUUUGCGGGAAACUUCAGCGGUUAUGAACAGAUCUAUUUCUUCUGAAAAGCUGUCAUUAAAAAGGUUGCAUUUUGUAAGGCAGGCAAGUCACGUGUGGACCCUCAAAUUAUUAUUAUUAUUUUUUAAUCAUUAAA